AUGCUUAAGCAAUGCAUAAUAGAUUUUAAGUAUUCACAGAAACGUUUGAAGGAACGGUUUGUUCAGGAAUCUCAGAAGCCAAAUUUUCCUAUGGAGAUUUGGUAUGAAAUUUCAAAACAUAUGAACCCUGGGAAAUUGAUUAGAAUCAAUAAAAGCUUUUGUGAUUUUUUCAGUCCUUUGAUUUAUAAAGAUCUUCAAAUGAUUUUGGUGAUCAGUGAUACUAUUCAGAUACAAAAGAAUGAUCUUUCAUAUAUGAAUUAUGGACCUGAUUUCGUGGAUAAUAAUAUUGACGAUUAUGGGAUAUAUUUAAGAUAUCGAGAAGGAAAGAAUUUUGCUUAUGAAUUUCUUGAUACUACAUUAAGGGAUGAAGUGGGAUUGAAAGCUGAUCAUUUUGAAGUUAUUUACAAAUUUAGUGAGGUCAAGCACAUCUUGAUCCAUAUUGUUAAUAAUCCAAGCUCUUAUUUAAAGAGAUACGUUGAGCAGGUUAAGUUGGAUGUUUCGUUGUUAAGUGCUUUCAGUGGAAUAAAUUUAAAAAAUGGAGAAGGUAUUCUACAUAAUAAGGUCAAAUAUGAAUAUAAAAACUUAGAUCACUGUUCAGUGCUUUCAUACUAUCCUAAAUACUUGAUAUUCUGUUUUACCGUUUUGGAUUGGUAUACGAGCUGUCGAUGGCAACUACCACAUUUAGCACCUUUAAAUAGAGACUUUAACAAUCCAUCUUUUAUAGAUCCAAAAAUAACUAGAGAUAUAUAUCCUAAUAAUGUUUAUAUGAAGGAACUUAUGCUAACAACAUUACUUCAUGAUUUCAUUAGAGAUAAAUCAAAGAAAAGGAAUAGAAAUAAGUUGGCACUUUUGAAAAAAGGUCAGAUUCUAAAGAAAUUGACACCAUUUGAAAUUUGGCACAGAAGAACAAAAGGCAUGCCUUUGGUAUUUCGUACCCUUGAUGAGAUGAAGUUACGCAAAACCGCUAGAUAUCAAUCUAUAUUGAUUAUUGAAGAAAGAUGUUUCGAGACUAAGGAGUUCACUGAGACUCUUUUGAUCAACACAUUGAGCUCCAUAACUUCGAACGAAUUAAACGGAGGAAUCAAUUGUUCAAUGAGCUUCCUUGGACAAAACCUCCCUCAUGAAUCUACUUCUCUUGUACCUGAUAAUCGUAUAAGAAUUUCCACACUAAAGUUCACUCAACCAGAUUUUGUUGUGAUCAACAAACCAAAGAAAAAUUGA